CACAUAUACCACCUUUCCACCGCAACGACCUGCAGAUCGACAGUUACCCGGGGGCCAACUUCCGGCACGCGGAGGCCCUCCUGGCCAGGGCCAGAGUUGCUGUCCAGGUUGAAGUGCUGGUGUUAGCUUUUGGGCUCAACAACCGUGAGCAAAAAGUUAAGGAGACAACCAUUAAACAGCUCCAAGGUGCACUCAGGGCGGCCAGGAACACAUUCCCAACUGCCCGGGUGGUAAUUCCCCUGUUGAACUAUUCAGCUGAUCUGCCUUUGGAGGAGAAAAACAAUCUCCAGCAGCUGAAUAACUUCAUCAGGAGCAAUUAUGCUCACAUCCCGGCCCUAGACAGCCGGGAGUUUGAGACCCAAGCAGACCACAUCCAUUGGACGCCAGGUACUGCUAAGCUCAUGUUACAACAUUGGCUUCGGGAUUUAAACUCCACAGCCCCACAAUCCCGAGCACUCGGGGGGGUAGUAAGAGCGUGGUAAAUUUGGCCCACAACUUCACGCCGACCCCCUCACAAAUUUCCCUACUCAAUAAAGGCCUCAAUUUUAUUCCUUCCAUUAAUCUCAGUAGUGACUGGCAUCAUCAACUCCAGUCGGACCUCCAGCACUACCAUAGACGUGUCAAACUGGCGGUGUAUUAUGAGAAACAGGAUACUCUCAAACCCACACCGUUCACAGCCCGCUCCAGCUGGGAGCCCUCACCUGGACUGUUGCCUCCGGAGUUCCAGGCAAUGGUCCGGUCUGACGGGCUCCUAAUGCCCGGCUCGGGCUUCACACCUGCGGUCGCCCCCAAUUUGACACGGGAAGAAAUUGAGGCCCUUUAUAGUCUUAAGAUUAAUAAACAUAUUGUGAUCAAACCAGCAGACAAGGGGAGUGCUGUUGUCAUCCUUGACAGAUCACAAUAUAUUUGGGAGGGUUCUCGACAGCUGGGGGACACUACCUAUUAUCUACCACUGUCGGAACCUAUUUAUCCCCAAACUAUCCCCUUGGUGGAGAAGAUUGUCGACAAUCUUCUUCUCAAGAAAUUUAUAAAUUCCAAACAAAAAAAGUACCUCCUAGGGGAGCCGGAUCCGCGACCUCGCAGGUUCUAUAUGCUCCCCAAAAUACAUAAGGAGCCAGACAAAUGGAGCAAGCCCCACGAGAUCCCUCCGGGCCGCCCCAUUGUCUCGGACUGCGGUAGCGAGACGUACAGAACGGCAGAGUUCAUCGACUACUAUUUAACACCACUCUCCGUUCUCCACGACAGCUACCUCAGAGAUACUUACGACUUUCUCGACAAAGUCAGGAGUGUGCACAUUCCCCCAGAUGCAAUCCUAUUUACCAUCGACAUUGACAGCCUAUAUACAAACAUCGACAUCGAUGAGGGUAUUCGGGCUGUCAAAAAUGUCUUCUACAGGUACCGGGACGUCAGCAGGCCUGAAAAGGAGCUUCUACAGCUCCUGGAUAUUAAUUUGAGGAGAAACGAUUUUGAGUUCGAUGGUCGUUUCUACCUCCAAAUUAAGGGCACUGCUAUGGGCAAGAAAUUUGCUCCGGCGUAUGCCAACAUAUUUAUGGCAGAGUGGGAGACUGCUGCCUUAGCCGUCUGCCCAAAACGUCCUCUCCACUAUUUGCGGUACCUUGAUGACAUCUGGGGCGUCUGGACACACUCCCGUGAGGAGUUUGACGUGUUCUUGAACACGCUCAACACUCACAACAAAAACAUCACCAUCAAGUCGACCACGAGUAGCACAUCCGUCGACUUUUUGGACACCACAACAUUCAAGGGUCCUGACUUUGCAAAUAGUCACAACUUGGACACCAGGGUGUUCUUCAAGGAGACCGACACCCAUGCGCUCCUUUUUAAAAGCAGCUUCCACCCCAAGCACACGUUUGCUGGGUUGGUGAAAUCACAACUGUUGAGGUUUCAUCGGAUUUGCACCAGGCGGGAGGACUUCCUGGUGGCCUCGAAGACCCUCUUUUCUGCUCUGAAGAGGAGGGGCUACUCCAGGUCCUUCCUCAGACGACAGUUUAGGGUCUUCUUGGACCCGGGGAGACCUCCCCCUGGGACAACCAUGAUCCCCUUCAUCACCACCUACUCUCCCUCGGCCGUACAAGUCGCCAGGAAUGUCAAGGACAACUUCCGGACUUUUUUGGAGAGUAGUGGGAGGCUGCUUGAGCACUACGUGGUGCCGGCCUACCGUAAGAACCCCAACUUGAAUGAUAUGUUGGUCAGGGCCAGGGUCAGCUCGCUGAGAGACCCGCCCUCCACUCGGAGGGAUACCCUUGUCCGCCACACACCAUGGUUGGUGAACCCCCAAAACCGCAAGGUUUUCCAGCCGUUGUGUCGUGGCGGCCGACACACCAAAAACUGUGUCUACGUCAUCCGAUGUCAACGAUGUGGCGAUAUGUACGUAGGCGAGACGGGCAAUACCGUAGCUAGGAGAUUCGCCCAACACAAGUACAACAUCGUUAGACAGAAAAACACCAACACUCACCUGGUUCAGCACUUUGUCCGGCACGGCUGGUCCUCCGUCCGGGUGACUGUCAUCGAAACGAAUCCUAAGUGGAGCCUCGCUCAACGCCAGAGGGCGGAGCUCCUCUGGAUCACCAGGUUGGGCACCAGGUAUCCGGGAGGCCUAAACGAGAGUUGAGCGUGAGUCCGUUGGACUGUUGAUGGCCAGUGCACUUCCCAUUUUACUUCCCCUCUUUAUUUUUUUCUACCCCCACCCCCUCCUCCCCCUAACCCUAACCAUCUUCUCCUUCCACUCCUAAAACCUACCCACCACCCUAAUUCUUUUCUACCCCCACCCCCUCCUCCCCCUAACCCUAACCAUCUUCUCCUUCCACUCCUAAAACCUACCCACCACCCUAAUUCUUUUUCUACUCCUAAAACCUACCCACUACCCUAAUCCUAAUCCUAACCCCAACCCCAACCCUAACCCUAACCCCAACCCUACCCAUAAUCCUAUCCAGCGAGUGCCUCCAGUCCUCUCACGGCUCUCGCUCUCCCUCGCGUGACCUCCUGGACCUGACAUCGGUUGACACAGAAGUAAGUCAAAUAUCCACACAACACUUGGAUAAUACUCACCUCAGGAUGUGCAAGACACAUAUCUACACACACAUCCAAAUCACAGCACAUCAGUAUGACAGCACUCACCUGGGGAUGUGUAGGACAUAUUUCACACACACAUCCCAAUUAUAACACCACACAACAUCAAUACCUACCUCAGUAUGUGUUAGAUACACAUCUACACACAUAUCCAUAUCAUAACACAUUUGAAAUACAACACUCACCUGAGGAAGUGUAAAACACAUUAUAUUUACAUACACAUCCUCAUUAUAACAUUACACAUUACCAAUACUUACCUCAGGAUGUGUCAGAUGCAUAUCUACACACACAUCCAAAUCACAAUACAUCACAACUACAAUACUCACCUCUGGAUGUGUAAGACACUUAUCUUCACAUACAUCCAAAUCAUAACAUUACUCAUGGUCAACACUUACCUGAGUAUGUGCAAAAGUACAUUUAUACACACACAUCCAAAUGACAAACAUCACACAUAUGUGAGACACCAGGGACAAUCUCCUCCCUCCUCUCUUGCUGCUGACGUCAUUGGAUCAUUUUCUCUUCACCUGACACCUGUCAGAAGUGAAAACACAUUAUAUAUAUACACACACAUCCCCAUCAUAACAUCACACAUCACCAAUACUUACCUCAGGAUGUGUUAGACGCACAUCUACACACACAUCCCAAUUACAAUACAUCACCAUUACAAUACUCACUUUGGGAUGUGUGAGACGUGUAUCUUUACCUACAUCCAAAUCAUAACAUUACACAUGGUCAACACUUACCUUAGGAUGUGUAUAAGUACACUUAUACACACACAUCCGAAUGACAACCAUCACACCAAUGUGAGACACCAGGGACAAUCUCCUCCCUCCUCUCUUACUGCUGAUGUCAUUGGAUUAUUUUCUCUUCACCUCACACCUGUCAGAAGUGAAAACACAUUAUAUAUAUACACACACAUCCUAAUUAUAACAUCACACAUCACCAAUACUUACCUCAGGAUGUGUUAGACGCACAUCUACACACACAUCCCAAUUACAAUACAUCACCAUUACAAUACUCUUUGGGAUGUGUGAGACGUGUAUCUUUACCUACAUCCAAAUCAUAACAUUACACAUGGUCAACACUUACCUUAGGAUGUGUAUAAGUACACUUAUACACACACAUCCGAAUGACAACCAUCACACCAAUGUGAGACACCAGGGACAAUCUCCUCCCUCCUCUCUUGCUGCUGAUGUCAUUGGAUUAUUUUCUCUUCACCUGACACCUGUCAGAAGUGAAAACACAUUAUAUAUAUACACACACAUCCUAAUUAUAACAUCACACAUCACCAAUACUUACCUCAGGAUGUGUUAGACGCACAUCUACACACACAUCCCAAUUACAAUACAUCACCACUACAAUACAUACUUUGGGAUGUGUGAGACGUGUAUCUUUACAUACAUCCCAAUCAUAACAUUACACAUGGUCAACACUUACCUGAGGAUGUGUAGGAGUACGCUUCUACACACUUUCCAAAUUACAAACAUCACACAAACGGGAGACACCUGGGACUAUCUCCUCCCUCCUCUCUCGCUGCUGUGGUUAUUGGAUUAUUUCUUCUUCACCUGACACCUGUGGACACAGAAAUAAUUCAAACAUUAAUACAACACAUUCACAAUACUUACCUGCAUAGGAUGUCAUACAAAAAAUAUACACACACAUUCCAGCUUCUACUCAUCUCACAGAGGGGGGGCCAUUAGAAGCACAAUUCUCUCCUCCUUGGGUACUGCAGAAGCCCCUGAUAACAACUCGAGGCUUCUCAGUAUCACUCUGCAUCCCCUAUACGGGUAGAUUAUUAUUGUGUCAUAAUGUGUUAUAAUGCACUCUACUAUAUUGCACUGUGUUAUUUUGUAUUAUAUUAUCAUUAUAUUGUGCUGUACGGGGUUAUCUCCCCCUGGACUUAACACCUUGCACACAGCUAUAUUCCUAACAAAAUAACACAUGACAAUACUUACCUGGAGAUGGUAUUAGACACACACCUAUAUAUAGAUACAUAUUCCAAUUAUUAUUCAUAACUGCAUAUUACAUCUGCAUUCUAAUAUGCUACAUUAUAAUAUAUAUAUAUACGACAUGACAUUAUUUGACCGCAUGUCGUUAUUAUAUUAUAUACUGUUUGUAUAUAUUGUUCUAUAUUGUGUCAUACCAUAACACAUAUAUAUAGUAUAUAAUAUGUAUCACAUUGCAUUAUAACAUAUACCUCCGAUGACGAUGUUCAUCCUAUUACAUAUUUAUGGUGUCAUAUCACAUUAUUAUAUCCUACUGUAUUAUAUAUUAUACACCUUUUAGGACAAUCUUUAUCCUAUUUCAAUGUAUUGUUUCCAUACAUGUUUGUUCAAUAGCAACUUGGGACUUUCUUGGGUCACUCCGUCCAUAUUGUUCUGCACCUUUAUUUUGGUAAAUAGUUCUAUUUUGAAGGCCAAAUAUUGUGCAUUGCGGGGACCCCACCCACUAUAUUUGAAUGUUUGUUGCUAUUGGCAUAUUUUCAGGAAAUAAUAUUGUAUAUCAUUAUUUUUCAAUCGCGCCAUUUCACUUCACGAGUCAAGCCUGAUGAAGGUAAUACACCGAAACGUUGCUAUCGACUCGUACAUGUAAAUAGAAAUUUUGUAUAUUGUUACUGACUGUUUGUUUACACGUCACUCCAGCUGGCCUGGUUGCGACGCGACGAGUCAUUACGACAAGUCGCCGUUUUCAUUUUGUAAAUAAAUCGUCUAUUUUUCACUAUACAA